AUGGCAACUUUUAAUGAAAAAAAAACCUGCAGCCAACGGAUGGAAGAUUUCAGCCGUUUUAUGUGGAAUCCAGAAACAAAGCAGUUUAUGGGAAGAACCUUGAUUAAGUGGGUGUGGAUCAUUUUGUACUACAUGGCCUUCUAUGUGGUGAUAACUGGGCUGUUUGCACUUUCCCUAUAUUCCUUAAUGAGAACAAUAAAUCCAUAUACACCGGACUAUCAAGAUCAAUUAAGAUCGCCAGGUGUGACAUUACGGCCAGACGUUUAUGCGGAUGAAGAUCUGGACAUUCGUUAUAAUAUUAGUGACACACACUCCUGGGGAAGACUUGUAACUGCACUUCACACUUUUCUUUCAGCAUACAAUACAACUGCACAACGUAAUAACAUCAACUGCUCAAGUGAGAUAUACUUCUUCCAGAAAUCAUUCCUUGGUCCAAAUAAAACAAAAUUCUCCUGCAAGUUCACAGCAGACAUGCUUGAAAACUGUUCAGGCCUGACAGAUCCCAAUUUUGGAUUUCCAGAAGGAAAGCCAUGCUUUAUUAUAAAAAUGAACAGGAUUAUCCAUUUUCUCCCUGGCAAUGGCACUGCACCAAGGGUAAACUGCACGAAUAAAUUAUAUUGCUAAUAAUCCUCUUUUCUUCAAAAACAGGAUGAUGAUUCCAGCCCACUUGAAGUUCAAUACUAUCCAGUCAAUGGUACCUUUAACCUUCACUACUUCCCUUAUUAUGGAAAGAAAGCACAGCCCACCUAUACCAACCCUUUGGUAGCAGUGAGAUUUCUCAACAUUCCAAAGAAUACAGAAGUUAACAUAGUGUGCAGAAUUGUUGGAACUGGAAUCAUCUCAGAUAAUAUUCAUGACCCAUUCGAAGGAAAAGUGGAAUUCAGACUGACAAUACAAGAUUAGACAACAGUAACAUUUAUAGUACAAAUGAAAACAUUUCUAAAAAGUGUGCUAUGAAGAGUGAUUUAGGUGUCACUACAUUGUUUUGUAUUUAUUUUCUCUCAAUGAUUUUACACCAAAAUUGCUCAGAUUGCAGUUUAACAAAAGCCAUUUUAAAUGCCAGUACUGAAAGAUCAUCCACAGAUCAAAAAAUCCACAGUAUCAUUUACAAUGCAACAAGCAAGAAGGAUUUUUCUUGAUGACAUACUAUGUGGAACAAAACAGCUUGCUCUUCCAUGACAACCAUAUGUUGAUGUCUUAGUGCAAACAGUUGUAUAAAACAGCUUUCUUCUAAAAUGAAGCAGAAAUGACUCAUGAGAAACAUGGACAUAGUAUCAAGAUGUCAUUUUCAGUUACUUUUUUUAACCAUAGAAUAACCAUUGUAUAUUUACUACUUACUGGACACUGUAGAAACAGCUGAGGUAUUAGGAAAAAUAAAAUGGCACAGCAGUUGAAGCACUGGUUUAUAUUUCAUUACACAUUUUUUUCCCAAAAUAGCAUUUAAAACUAUGAAAACAACAAAAAAUUGUGAACCAAAAUGCUCAAAUGUUAACCAGUACCAUUUGUACAUAACCAUACCAUUUGCCCAUUGAGCUAUUAGAAACGAGCAUAAAAAUCCUCCUGCUUCUCUUGCAGAGGAAGAUCCUGCUGGCUUUGUCUUCAUCAU